AUGAGGUGGAAAGACCUAAGAAAAAGUAGGAAUGUCGAAGAUCGCCGUGCCCAAGGUGGCCGCGGUGGCGGCAUCGCGCUCGGUGGAGGCUUAGGGACCAUGAUAUUACUAUUGGUGCUCUCCUUUAUUUUUAAAACUGACCUCACACAAUUGGUCAGUGGAGGCGGUGGGCUGCAACAACAAACGCCGAAUGUUCCCACAGAGAGAAGUAAUGAGUAUCACGAAUUCACCCAAUUCAUCAAAGGCUCUACGGAAGACAUCUGGACGGAGAUUUUCUCUACGCAACUUCAACGUCGUUACGAACCCGCACAGCUCAUUAGCUACUCGGGCUCCACUCCGAUGAAAGUUGGCGGCGUGGCCAAUGCUGCGAUGGGGCCUUUUUAUGUGCCGUCAGAAAAGACAGCGUAUAUCGACACCUCGUUUUUUGAUCAGAUGAGCGGGCAGCUCAAGGCGGGCGGUGAUUUUGCCUACGCUUAUGUCAUCGCGCACGAAAUAGGACACCAUGUCCAGAAUCUCCUCGGUCUCACCGACCAAGUGCAUCAACAAAAAGGCCGAGUAUCCGAACGAGAAUAUAACCGGUCCUCGGUAAGAUUAGAACUCAUGGCAGACUGCUUGGCUGGAAUCUGGGCUCGUCAUGCCAAUGAAAAAAACAUCAAAGAAAAAGGUCGGCCCUUGAUGCAAGAUGGCGACAUUGAAGAAGCCAUGCGGGCGGCGAAGGCGAUUGGCGAUGACACCUUGCAAAAAAAAUCACAAGGACGCGUGGUGCCUGACUCCUUCACCCAUGGCACCUCAGAACAACGGUUUCGCUGGUUCAUGAGAGGCUGGGAAUCGGGAAAUAUUAAAGAUUCUUUUGAGGCCUUUAAUGUCCCUUAUGAAAGGCUCUAA